GGGAUUGGACAGUCCUUUUUCGAAUUUUGCUUUAUUUCUUCUUAAUCAAAAUUAUUAUUUUUUUUUCUCUCUUUUUGAGUAGGAAACUGUUUAAUUUUGGAUCUGCCCGAUCCUUCCCACCUGUCUGCCGCCUACCUGUUCCUCCCCCUCCAGUCCGGGUUACUGGGCCAGUCCAUCAGAUUGGCCCUCGGGUGACUCUUCAGACUUCGGGCACGUCAGUGCAUGCCACCGCUCACUCGAUCACAGACCAAGGCCAUGGACCGGAAGGCGGGAGAAUCCCUCCUGGCCUAUGAGGAACGCCUGGCUGCUUUCAUCCAGGAGGCCACGGAUAGGGCCGCCGCCGCGGCCAAGGAGCGCAGUCAGAUCGAACAAGUGGAGGAGGCCAAGCGACAGAAGGAGGAACAGGACCGACUUCGUCAAGAGGAGGCAGACUUGCAGGCGGCAGCCGAACACCGGUCACGCCAGCGACAACGACUGUUUACACGGGAGACCGUGAUCGGCGAUGAGACUGCACAUUGGGUGGAAAUGGCAUCUGCAGAUGGGGCCCCGGAGACCGAGAAAGGGCUGUCAGCCCUUGCGCAGGUCUCCCACGACCUCGUGGCCACCUGCGCUCUGCARCAGGAGGAAAUCCUUCACCUGCAGCAGACAGUGGACCAGAUGCUCGCASGGCUGCAGGCGUUGGAGAAACAGCCAGCUGCUGUAGCAGCCGCAGGGCCUUCCAACCUUACCACCCGCGUGCAAGGUUUGGAGGACGACGUCAGCAAUAUCAAGCGGGUACAUCAGGACUUCAGGACGUUGCAGCAAGCAACGAACUUGCAGUUGGAGACGCAGGUCCAGGCUGCUGCCACCGUAACGCCCGCGGCCGCAUCCUCCCGGCGCCCACCCAAGCUGGAUGACAUUCCCGUCUUGUGCGAUCAGUCCAAGACGGAACCGAUCCCGUGGUGGCGCCAGUUCACUCUCAGGCUCGACAUGCAUCAUGUCCCGAACAACGAUCGACAUCCGUGCUUGUACCACCGAUCUGGUGGUGCAUGUCAAGCAUGGCUGGACAACAUCUUGACCAGCCAMGGCGUAGCAGUGUCGGAACUGCACACCAAGCUCACUUGCCAGUCCUUCAUGACUCGGGCUGGCCUUGGCGCACAAGUACGGAGGAAGUCACAUCCGACGACGGUCGCUCUUGCCGACAGUAAGACGAAACAGCUUUUAGACCGUUACAUCUCGGCUGUCCCGGUGUACUUUGCACCGCACGCAUGUGAACCCGUCACUUUUGACGUGUUGGACACCGACUUCGAUGUCAUUUUGGGGAUGCCUUGGCUUUCUAGCACGGACCACACGGUCAAUUUCCAUCGACGCACGCUCACGAUGCGUGAUGCAACUGGCGCCGAGGUCCCGUGUACUAUUCCUCCUCCUCGCUCUUCCAUUCGGUGCCAAGUCGUGAGUGCCAAAUCUUUUCGAGACACAUGCCGUUCCGAGCAUGUCGAAGAGAUUGGCAUCGCUUUUCUUCGAACCAUCCCGACGACCGAUUCAUCGUCCACGGAUGUGUCUUCCGACCCCCGUGUGACCCGGUUGUUAGACGAGCUCUCAGAUGUUUUUGAGACACCCUCCGGUAUAGUGCCGGACGGACCAAUCUCUCACGAGAUCAUACUUGAGGCCGGCGCCGUGCCACCGAAAGGAUGCAUUUAUCGCAUGUCCGAGGAGGAGCUCACGGUUCUCCGUGCGCAACUCGACGAUCUACUUGACAAGGGUUGGAUCGGCCCUAGCAGCUCACCUUACGGUGCGCCCGUUCUCUUCGUUUGGAAGAAGAACAAGGACCUUCGACUUUGCAUUGACUACCGACGCCUCAACGCGCAAACCAUCAAGAACGCGGGGCCUCUACCUCGCAUUGACGAUUUGCUUGAGCGGUUGGGCGGCGCCAAGUACUUUUCCAAGUUGGACCUGAAGUCGGGCCACCAUCAGAUUUCCAUCCGCUCGCCAGAUCGGUACAAAACUGCGUUUAAGACGCGAUAUGGGCAUUUUGAGUGGGUAGUUAUGCCUUUUGGCCUCACCAACGCCCCGGCCACCUUUCAGGCGGCCAUGACCAUCGAGUUUCGCGCUAUGUUGGACCGCUUCGUCUUGGUGUACUUAGACGACAUCCUCGUCUAUAGCCAAAUUCUAGAGGAGCAUCUCGAGCACCUUCGCCGUGUUCUAGAGACUCUUCGGUCAGCCCGGUACAAAGCUAACCGCGACAAAUGCGAGUUUGUCCGGCAAGAGCUUGAAUACUUGGGUCAUUUUGUCUCUCCGGAAGGCAUUCGUCCGUUGACGGACAAGAUUCAAGCCAUCCUGGAGUGGCCCGAGCCGAAGAAUGUGACGGACGUCCGAUCCUUCCUCGGCUUGGCCGGUUAUUAUCAGCGUUUCAUCAAGAGUUACUCGAAGACCGCGGCCAACCUAAGCAAGUUACAAAGCGAGGAGCGGCCUUUUGACUUCGAUGAAGAUGCGCGCCAUUCUUUUGAAACACUCAAAGCGGCACUCUUAUCCGCCGAGGUGUUACAUAUUUACGACCCGCUUCUAGCUACGCGCGUCACUACCGAUGCGUCGGGCUAUGGCAUUGGGGCCGUCCUUGAGCAGCACGAUGGCACGGACUGGCACCCAGUCACCUUUAUUCAUAUUGAUUCAAGGAUUGACUAUCUUCAAAUUGAUCCUACAGGGAUCACCUUCUGUUAUCCUUUGAUAACAGGUACUGUUCUCUACAUUGCUCUGCUUCAGCUGGGGGGAGGCUCAAGCCCUCAUGAACAUAAUCGGUGGGUUCAGCUCGUGUUGGUCCUCAUCGGUCUGGGUAUUAUGGCUGCUGUAGGGGUUUUCAUCUAGGCUCCUCGUGUUGCACACGUGGCUGAAGAGAUUGUACGUUGCAAACGGAUAUGGAUUGCUCAGUCAGGCCCACAAAGUGACAAAGUAUUAUUUGGUGACCUGGGCCUGAAUUUCAGGGGUUGGUUGUGAUAGUGAGCUGGCUGUCAUCCUUUUUUCCCUUUUGCCCCACACUUUGUGAAGAAGGAUUUUUUUGGGAUUUGUGACAAACCUUGUGGGCUCUGACACGGUGGCACCGUGACACGGUGGAAGAGAGAGCAAUAAUGGAUGGAGAUGGAGAUGGAGAUGUAAAUCGGAGUGUAGAUAAAUUGGGAAGGUGGUUGGCAGUGGCAGAUGCAAAUCGUGCCACGUCAGGUGCAAAGUGUGAGCAUUGUAGAUGAGGAUGAUUCAGUGAGCAAUCAAGUGUUUUCUUUCCAGUUUGUGCUGGUGCAGCUCGGUCAAAACUCCUCCGGUGAUGUCACGCACGCUGCAGACUGUGCAGUCCACCAUAGAUAGAGUCCACGGGUACGGUUUCUUCACUGGCCGGAAAAAGUCAUGCCUCAGCUGCCUGCAGGUACUGUCAACAAGGGAGAGAACAGAACACAUACGUAUGUACAUUUGCUAAAAAGCUCGCACCUUGUAAAUGGCGCCAGGGAGCUAUGAUUCAGCCCAGCGCUCGUCUCAGGGAGGGAGGGUGCUCAGCAGCCGAAGAUGACAAGGUCUGCUUUUUCUUUAUCGCCUGGAUGGGCAUUGCGGUCGUAUCUGGCUAACGCCACUGCGAAUGCCGUGAUGCGAGGAUAGAGUGAUGUUUGUGCUUACUCCUGCACUCUCAUUGCACAGACUUUGCUUGGGCAAAGGGCGUACCUGUUCGCUCAAUGAGCGUUGUAAAGUGGAGGCGCCAGCCAUCGGGCAUGGAUGGCGCUCUACCACAACCAGAUGCGGAAGGGCAAUUGUUCAAACCAUUCACCGAGAACGGUGCACCAGUCAGUUUCACAGUUUCACAAACUCGAGCGCCAUCUGCAGAGCUCUCUGACAACAAUGCAAUGAGAUAGGGAUGGCGGGAACACCGAGAACAACAUGCUCAAACAACGUGUUACUUCCUAUGGACGUGAGAAAAAUAACGAUACUAUGAUGUGACACAAAAGCCCGACCUGCAGCAUAUCGCUACCUGCUCUUGUUGUUUGAGCUUGUACACGUCUUAGAGCUCUCUUAUGAUGCUAGACAAUAUUGAGUUGCCUGCCAUUUUUUGUGCAAAUGGCAAAUAGUCUAACUGAUUCAUUUGUGUGUGGGGGGAGUCGUAACACCUAACCUGUGUAUUGUUUGCUUAGGUAGGCUCUGUAGGAGGCCUGGCAGUCGGUUCCUUUGUCAUCAUCUCCGAUUUUUUGUGGGCUCGAUGCGGGACUGAUUUGUAACCAUAUCCUUGUAUAGCCCCAACGUCAUGAUUUACAUCCUUGUAUUCCACCCGCCUUUGCCGUUGGGUUCACCUUAGUAAAGCCGACAGGUUAGUGUGUGGUGUCGUGGUUUACAGGCAAAACAUGGGGAGAGGGGGAGGGAGGGGGGAGAUUCUAGACCUGUUUCGGUUCCUUGUAUUGUGAUGGGGACGAAUGGUCUAGCACGCAAGAGCGUGUGUGGAGCUCGACGCGAUGUGCUCUACAUUUGGACGAGCGGAAAAAAGGAUUUGAACCCUCAAUCUCCCUGGCCUUAGUGCAGAAUCCUUCUUGGUUAUGUUCUGAGAGGCUGGGAAAGAAAGGGACUCGAACCCACAAGUGCGUCACUUUGAAAAAGGGGAUGUGAAUCCAACAAGUGCUGGCAUUUAAACCGGAGUUGUGUUCGAGCAUUCGAGGGUUUGAUAAUUGGUAAAUUUGUUGUCUGCAAAUUGGAAUUCCCUUCCUCAGCCAUGGCACAGUUGAUGGCUAGUCGCCAUUUGGCAAAGGCGACAUACAGCUGCAAACGUGAUAAACUGCCGAUAACUCG